AUGUCUACCAACGCCGGGUCUGCCAGCAGCAAGACCAAUUAUGCAUUUGAUAUGAAUACCCAGAGCACCACAGCCCCUAGCACCACUGCAUUUGACGAGAAGACCACCGUUCAAACGGUCAAGGGGAGGAUUGAUACCGAAGCUGCACCAGAGGAAGAACCCAGCCCAGAGGAUGUAUAUCGGACAGCAUCUACUCUGGCACCGUCCCAAAGAUCAACAAGAAGGGACCCCAUUAGCCGAGUGACCACGGAUGCCGAUGGGAACACCUAUCCCGAGGGGGGUCUUGAAGCCUGGCUGGUAGUGCUUGGUAGCUUCCUCGGUCUCUUUGGAUCGCUGGGCCUGGUCAACACCAUUGGCACAUUCCAAGCUUACAUCCAGACCCAUCAACUGAAAGAAUACAGCUCAGGAACCAAUGGAUGGAUUUUUGGAAUGUUUGCCUUUCUUACUUUCUUUUGUGGAGUGCAAAUUGGUCCGAUCUUCGACGCUCGAGGCCCACGUCUUCUGAUCUUUGCGGGUUCCGUACUUGAAAUGGCCAUGAUGAUCCUCAUUGGCUUCUGCACUGAAUACUGGCACUUUAUGCUGGUAAUCGGUGUACUGGGUGGAGUGGGAGCGUCCCUCAUUUUCACACCGGCGAUCUCGGCGAUCGGCCACUAUUUCUAUGAGAAACGUGGACUCGCAACUGGAAUUGCUGCCACUGGUGGCUCUGCCGGAGGCAUUGUUUUCCCCCUCGUUCUAGAAGCUCUCUUCCCCAAGAUUGGCUGGGCCUGGGCCACUCGGGUUGUCGCGUUGAUCUGCCUCGUUACGCUAUCAAUUGCGAAUCUCUUGAUUAGAUCCCGACUCCCGCAGAAGCCAUUCUCCAAAGAGAACGUGCUUCCUGACUUCCGCAUCUUCCGAGACCCGCGAUUCGUGCUGACCACCGCCAGCGUCUUCUUCAUCGAGUGGGGUCUUUUCGUGCCAAUCAGCUAUAUCUCCUCCUACGCCCUCGACCAUGGAUUUUCUUCCAAGUUCUCGUACCAGAUCAUUGCCAUCUUGAAUGCCGGCUCAUUCUUUGGGCGAUGGUUGCCUGGCUUCUUUGCCGAUUUCCUUGGUCGCUUCAACACUCUGAUCGCGACGGUAGCGCUCUGCGUGCUGUGCAACGCCUGCCUGUGGCUUCCUGCUGGAGAUAGUCUGGCUCUGCUGGUCGUCUAUGCUGUCAUUUUCGGAUUCUCAAGCGGCAGCAAUAUCAGCUUGACACCAGUGUGUGUUGGUCAACUCUGCAAAACUGAAAACUACGGCCGAUAUUACGCAACUGCCUAUACCAUAGUGAGCUUUGGCACUCUCACCGGAAUCCCUAUCGCAGGUGAGAUCCUGGCACGUUGCAAUGGAUCCUACUGGGGCCUGAUCACAUUUACUGUCUGUUGCUAUGCAGCCGGUCUCGCAUGCUGUACCGCCGUAAAGGUUAUUCAAGUUGGCUGGCGUCACCCUCUCGCGAUCUAUUAA